CCAUCCCAUCAACUAUCAUCCCAAAAUUUCUCUCAUUCGGGUUUACCUUAAAAAGUGCAAAAAAAAAAAAAAAAACAUGUGUUGUUGGUUCUCAACAUCUCGCAAGCAGAGCCUGGACCAUGAAAAGGUUACUUCAAUGGAAGUACAAGAACCAGACAUGUUAACUCCUUUAAACCCCAAGGACCCAACACCACAAAACACAUGUCUGUCUCUUGUGAUUGAAGAAGCAAAGUGCAUAUCCAACAUAGCUUUGCCCAUGGUAUUGACAGGCCUUUUGCUCUACUCUCGUUCCAUGAUUUCCAUGCUGUUUCUCGGCCGUCUAGGGCAACUGGCCUUAGCCGGUGGCUCGCUCGGUCUCGGAUUCGCCAACAUCACCGGCUAUUCAGUUCUUUCGGGCCUUGCCAUGGGGAUGGAACCCAUUUGCGGUCAAGCUUUUGGUGCCAAAAGAUACAAGCUCCUGGGUUUAACCAUGCAAAGAAUGAUACUUUUGCUUCUUUUGACUUCAAUCUUAAUAUCUUCUUUGUGGUUUAGCAUGAGAAACAUCCUUCUGUUUUGUGGACAAGAUGAAAGCAUCGCCGAUGAAGCUCAAAAAUACAUUCUUUAUUCUCUCCCGGAUCUUCUAGCACAAUCGAUUUUGCAUCCUUUGCGUACAUAUUUGAGGGCUCAAUCCAUAACUCUGCCUCUCACAUACUGUUCAGCUCUAGCUAUUCUUCUCCACAUCCCCAUUAACUACUUCCUCGUCUCGGUUCUAAAUCUUGGUAUCAAAGGCGUUGCUUUAGGCUCCGUUUGGACCAACUUCAACCUAGUUUUCUCAUUGGUUUUUUACGUUAAAAUCUCCGGCGUGUAUAAGAAAACAUGGGGUGGAAUCUCGAGUGAGUGCUUAAAAGGAUGGAAAUAUUUGUUGAAUUUAUCCAUCCCGAGCUGCAUUUCGGUUUGCCUCGAAUGGUGGUGGUACGAGAUCAUGAUCUUGCUAUGUGGUUUGUUGUUGAAUCCACAAGCAACCGUUGCUUCCAUGGGGAUUUUGAUUCAAAGCACAUCGUUGAUAUACAUUUUCCCAUCGUCUCUCGGUUUCAGUGUGUCGACCAGAGUCGGAAACGAGCUCGGAGCGAACAAUCCGAACAAGGCGAAAACGGCGGCUAUCGUCGGCCUAUCGUCGAGUUCCGUGAUUGGACUUUCGGCAUUCGUUUUCACUAUACUCUUUAGGGAAAAAUGGGCUACAAUGUUCACACAAGACCCUGAAAUCAUUGCCUUAACAACAAUGGCGUUACCUAUUGUGGGACUGUGUGAGCUCGGGAACUGCCCACAAACAACGGGGUGUGGGGUGUUAAGAGGUACUGCCAGACCAAAACUAGGAGCCAACAUCAACCUGGGAUGUUUUUACCUUGUGGGAAUGCCGAUUGCGGUGUGGUUUAGUUUCUUCGCUGGGUUCGAUUUUAAAGGUCUUUGGCUCGGUCUUUUAGCCGCACAAGGCUCGUGUGUGGUGACCAUGUUGCUGGUGGUGACUCGAACAGACUGGGAGUUCCAAGCCUUGAGGGCUCAGGAACUGACCAGCUCCGGCCCUGUAGAUGAUACUGACCAUAUCAAUCAAGCUGAUUUGGAUUCCAAAGAAUCUUUGUGGUUAUUACAUGAAAUAAAACAGAACGAUUUACCUGUCUGAUUUGGACCAGGGUGG